GGCAGGGGGCGGAGCCAAGGCCCAAGUCCACGGCCCAAGGGGAGGGAAGGGUGGUGCAGGCACUGGGCAACUAGCCGGGCUGCCCACACCGCCCGCCUGUCCUCCCACACAGCCUCGGCAGUGGUCCCGGUGCUGUGACACCAGCCCUCCUGGCCAUGGGAGGAGCCGUGGUGGACGAGGGUCCCACGGGAGUCAAGGCCCCUGACGGGGGCUGGGGCUGGGCCGUCCUGUUCGGCUGUUUUGUCAUCACCGGCUUCUCCUACGCCUUCCCCAAGGCGGUCAGCGUCUUCUUCAAGGAGCUCAUGCGGGAGUUCGGGAUUGGCUACAGCGACACGGCCUGGAUCUCCUCCAUCCUGUUGGCCAUGCUCUACGGCACAGGCCCUCUGUGCAGCGUGUGCGUGAACCGCUUCGGCUGCCGGCCGGUCAUGCUGGUGGGAGGCCUGUUUGCGUCGCUGGGCAUGGUGGCGGCGUCCUUCUGCCAAAGCAUCAUCCAGGUCUACCUCACCACUGGGGUUAUCACCGGCCUGGGGCUGGCGCUCAACUUCCAGCCAUCGCUCAUCAUGCUCAACCGCUACUUCAGCAAGCGGCGCCCCAUCGCCAACGGGCUGGCGGCGGCGGGCAGCCCCGUCUUCCUGUGUGCCCUGUCGCCCCUGGGCCAGUUGCUGCAGCACCACUACGGCUGGCGCGGUGGCUUCCUCAUCCUGGGCGGCCUCCUGCUCAACUGCUGUGUGUGCGCUGCCCUCAUGCGGCCGCUCGGGGCGCCCCCGGCGGCCAGGGGUUCGGGGCCACAGCGGCCGGCCCGGCGCCUGCUGGAUCUCAGUGUCUUCCGGGACCGUGGCUUCAUCAUCUACGCGCUGGCCGCCUCCAUCAUGGUCCUGGGGCUCUUUGUGCCGCCCGUGUUCGUGGUGAGCUAUGCCAAGGACCUGGGCGUGCCCGACACGCAGGCCGCCUUCCUGCUCACCAUCCUGGGCUUCAUCGACAUCUUUGCGCGGCCCGCGGCUGGCUUUGUCACCGGGCUCCACCGGGUGCGGCCCUACUCCGUCUACCUCUUCAGCUUCGCGAUGUUCUUCAACGGCUUCACCGACCUCACGGGCUCCACUGCCAGCGACUACGGCGGCCUCGUGGUCUUCUGCGUCUUCUUCGGCAUCUCCUACGGCAUGGUGGGGGCCCUGCAGUUCGAGGUGCUCAUGGCCAUCGUGGGCACCCACAAGUUCUCCAGCGCCCUCGGCCUGGUGCUGCUGCUGGAGGCCGUGGCCGUGCUCAUCGGGCCCCCGUCUGGAGGCAAGCUGCUGGACGCGACACACGUCUACCAGUACGUGUUCAUCCUGGCGGGGGCCGAGGUGCUGUGCUCUUCGCUGGUGCUGCUCCUGGGCAACUUCUUCUGCAUCAAGAAGCAACCUGAGGCCCCCCAACCCGGGGCGGCCCCCGAGAAGCCCCACAAGCCCCCGGAGGAGAUGGGGGUGGACGCGCGGGAAGUGGAGCACUUCCUCAAGGCGGAGCCCGAGCAGAACGGGGAGGUGGUGCACACCCCGGAAACCAGCGUGUGAGCGCCCCCUUGGGCAGUGCUCGCUG